AUGGAAACAAGAUCAUCAACAAGGAAAGGAAAACUUUGGAGAUUCAUAUACGGCGAGGACAAGAAUGGAUCAAGCCCAACAAUCGAUCGAAUCAGCGAACUCCCGGACGCUCUAAUCCACCACAUUCUCACUCUCCUACCAACCAAGACGGUAGCCCAAACGAGCCUCUUAUCCAAGAGAUGGAGAUCUAUCUGGUACACCUUCCCAGACCUUGAUUUCGAUUUUACUUCUGAUCCAUUUUCUCCCUCAAAACGUUUCACAAAAAACUCAAUAUACUCUCGCAAAGCUUACUACGAUGGCCUCACGGAUCCUAUCUCACAGGUCUUCAAUCUACGUGACAAGAUCAUUAGUACUAGUUCAACUGCUGCAAAUUCGGCCGAUAUUCGCAGCCUUCGGGUGCGUACCACGAACAGCAUUUCAUUUUCACGCCUCAACGACGUGAUCCGCCGCGCGGUUCGGCACAACGUGCAACAACUCGAUCUCGAUGUUAUUACCGACGAGCACAUUAUAUUCCCCAGAAGCGUUAUACUAAGCGAAUCUCUCCGCGUUCUCUCGUUGAAAUCGCGCUGCUCGGCUUUUAGGUUUCCUCCUGAUUUGUCCGUCAUGAAAAGCGGGUUUCGAUCUCUAGUGUCGUUAUCUCUAAGUAAUGUCGUUUUGAUUGAUAAUGAUCACCGGCUCCUGGAUUUGUUCUCCCAUUCAUCUUUCCCUAUGAUGAGCAAACUGAGUAUGGACUGUUGCUUGGGGUUGAAGCAUCUGAGGAUAGGGUGUGGAGCACUCGAAGAAUUCGAACUCAAGUGCUGCAUUGCUCUACAGAGUUUGGAGAUUUGUUGUCCAAAACUGCAGACAUUGAAAGUCCAGACUUGUUUCGAAGAGUACAAUGAUGAUGGUGAUGAUGGUAUAGUUAGUUGGGUGAAUAUUGAGGCGCCAAAACUAAGAACCCUUGUUUGGGAAGAGAAUGCCGUUACUGAUUCUUCUUCUCUCGUUGAUUUGAGGAAACUUGAGGAGGCCACCAUUGGAACUCUAAUCGGUUUUGGUUAUCAUGAAAAUGUGAGUCUGGCCAAACUUCAGAGUUUGUCAGAUUUCUUAGCAGGUUUCGCUUAUGUCCGUUGCCUAAAAUUUGGCGAAGGCAAUUUUCUUGAGAUUCUCUCUGACCAUUUAUAUUUGGGAGAAAGGCUUAAUCCUUUUGAGAACUUGAGGACUUUGGAGUUGCAUCUUGAUGUCAAAAACGAUACCGUUUAUGGUGGAUUGGCGUGCAUUUUUAGGAGCUCUCCUAUGCUACAUACUCUCAUCCUCAAGUAUAUUAAUAAGAUUGAAAGGAAAAGAAAAUGGAAAAGUGAUGAUAGCUUUGACUGUGAGGAGUUCUGGGAAUCCCAAGCAGAAACGUUAAAGUUGUUUUUUCAUCACCUUCAAAUAGUAAGGAUUCAUGGCGUUUUCAAAAGCGAGAAGGAAGUUAGGCUGCCACGAUUUUUGUUGAGGCAUGGGAAGGCCUUGCAUGAAAUGACAUUCUGCAUCACUCAACAUCCUUUCUAUAAUAGAAAUAUUAUUCUUGCUCAAGCUUCCCCCAGAAGACAAAAUAUUUUUAGGUCACGAGUUAUGGGGUGGCCUCGGGCUUCUUCUAAUGCUAACAUUACAAUUCGUUAA